AGUUUUCAAGUUGUAAGCUUUUAAAUUCAAGGAAUUAUUGCAUGCGCAGAGUAUGCAAAUAAACAUAUCACGAUGAAAUUCAUACCAUAGAUUAUAGCAGAGGUCGAGAUUUCACCACAAGGAGAAGGGGAGAAUUGGGCACGUUUCUUGAUGCUAGUUGCAGAUGUGAGAUAAGCUCCAAGAUUUCAUUCAUGGGCUUACUGCAAAAAUUACAUGGUGGGAGAGAAUCUCGAAGCUAAUAAAGCUAGAAAACACUGAGAUUCUUCAAAAUUUGCAAGAAUUACUGGAGAAAAUGAUGGUGGUGCAGGUGAAAAAUGGAGUCUUGCCCCUCUUUCGUGGAUCAUUUGCAGCUCCUUCUCCACUCCCCAAAACUAGGAAAUUUCAGCUACUAGCACAAGCUGCUCUUCCUUCAAGAACCCAAAGGAUAAUGGAGAAAUUGCCAGUGAGUGGGGAAGUUGGUGGUGCUGGUGGGGCAUAUUCAUACAAUGCUUUGAAAAGAUUGGAUAAUUUGUGGACUAGCAUUUGCUCUGCUUCAUCAGUUGUGCAAGAGCCUCAGCAAGUAGUUUCGAGUGUUCCUGGUCUGUUUCGUGAAUCCGAGAUGUCUGAGAAAUGUGGUGAUGUGUUUGAUGUGGUAGUUUGUGGUGGCACCUUGGGAGUUUUCAUUGCUGCUGCUUUGAGCUCUAGAGGCCUUCGUGUUGGGAUUGUCGAGAAGGGCAUACUCAAAGGGAGAGAGCAAGAAUGGAAUAUAUCGAGGAAGGAGCUCUUGGAGCUUGCUGAAGUCGGUGUUCUAGCAGAAGACGACAUUGAUUGUGUUGUUGCAGCCAGUUUCAAUCCCAAUAGGUGUGGAUUUGAAGGGAAAGGCGAGAUUUGGGUUAACGACAUUCUCAAUCUUGGUAUUUCGCCUGUCAAGCUCAUAGAAAUCACGAGAAAACGUUUUGAAUUGCUCGGUGGUGUCAUCUUGGAGAGUUGCAGUGUAUCGAACAUAUCAAUUUACGAGGAUGCAGCUAUGUUACAACUAGCCGAUGGAAGGAUUUUGUCUUCACGUCUCAUUAUUGAUGCAAUGGGGAACUUUUCUCCCGUCGUUAGACAAAUUAGACGAGGAAGGAAGCCAGAUGGGGUGUGCCUAGUGGUUGGCUCUUGUUGCCGUGGCUUCAAAGAGAACACCACGAGCGACGUCAUAUUCAGCAGUGCCUCAGCGAAGAGUGUUGGAAAGUCGGUAGCUCAGUACUUCUGGGAGGCGUUUCCUGCUGGCUCGGGCCCUCUUGAUCGAACCACGUAUAUGUUCACCUACCUUAACCCCGAGCCCGGAUCUCCACUACUGGAAGAACUGCUCGAGGAUUACUGGGAGCUGAUGCCACAAUAUCAAAAUGUCUCACUCGACGAACUAGAGGUCUUGAGAGUGAUUUACGGCAUUUUUCCUACGUAUUGUGACAGUCCGUUGCCAGCGGCUUUUGAUCGCGUUCUUCAGUUUGGCGACGCGAGUGGCAUACAAUCCCCCGUUUCUUUCGGAGGUUUCGGGAGCUUGACAAGACACCUCGGAAGAUUAUCAGCAGGCAUACAUGAAGCGAUCAACAACAAUUUUCUCGAUUCCGGGAGCUUAUCGUUGCUUAAUCCGUACAUGCCAAACUUGAGCUCGUCGUGGCUGUUUCAAAGAGCCAUGUCCGCGAAGAGGCAAUCCAAUGUUUCGCCUACUUUCAUAAACGAGCUUUUAUAUGCCAAUUUCGCGAGCAUGCAGAAGCUAGGAGAUCCGGUGCUUAGGCCGUUUCUUCAGGAUGUCAUUCAAUUUGGCCCUCUUGUCAAGACAUUAGGCCUAGUGAUGCUAACUCGACCUCAAAUCUUACCUUCAAUAUUCCAGCAGGUUGGCAUACCAGUGCUUCUUGACUGGUUGGGACACUUUGCGAUGCUAGGAUACUACACAUUUCUUUCUUGCUAUGUCGACCCUUUGAUUAGGCCAUUGACGAACAGAUUUCCAGCAAGAAUGAGAUAUGAAUGGAAGCAGAAGCUUGAGGCUUGGAAAUAUGGAUCUGGUCUAGAUUAUGAAUUAUAAAAUCAUAAUUUUUUAGAUCUUUUGGUAGUUUAUUCACUACAAUAUUGCAGCUAAUGUCAGCAAAUAGUGUUUUUCUUUUUUUAUGUACUUGGAGUCCGUGCGAUGUGCGGGAGAUAUUAUUUUAAAAAAAAAUACAUAAAUAAAAUAAUUUUAUAUUUAAAACUCAA